AACAACUUUCCAUAGUGUAGGUUGCCAAACUUCUUUUUAAGCAAAUUUCAAAUCGGCCAUCAUAUUCAUCCUCAUUCCUCAUUUGUCAAUUGUCAAUUGUCAUUAUCAAUUCUUGGUUAAAACUAUUAUUAAAAGCUGAACCAAACAAACGUGCAAGAAAUUUACAAUUCUGAAUCCUACAUUCUUCUGUAUGGAAUCUUUGAGGCUCUUCUUCUUCAGGGAAUCAAACGCCCCAGAAUCAGUAAUUCGCCCAUCUCUCUGAAAACAAUUUAUCUUUUGGAUAACAAAUUUAUAUUUUUUUUGAAAAUUAUUUCUCAUCUUCCUUGUUAUUGUUUAUCCCUUUUUACCUAGGGCACUUUUCCGACCUAGGUUUGUUUAAUUAUUAAUUUAUUCUUUUUUAUUUUGCGGGAUUCAGGUUCUGGGUUUGUGAAAUUGUCACGCUAAUUUGAUCGAUGACCCGUUUCAUUGAAUUUAUUAAUUUUUGGCGUGACGGAGCAUCUGCUAUUCCCAGUAAUUAAAUUAGGCAAUGGUAAAUUUUUUAUUCUUCAGUUUUGUCAACAGUUUUAAUAAUGGCAUUGAAUUUAGUAUGCUUAUAAUGAAUGAAUGAAUUAAUUAAUUAUUUGCAGAUGUCUGAUGGACUAAGUGAAGUAAAUGACUGUUCUUUCAAAGAUGACGACGACGAUGAACUAUUUGAGAUCAGAGAACGAUGUAAAGAGCUGACAAAGGAAAAGGAGAUGCUAACAGAUACCAAGUCCGAGAGCUUUGAACUAAUCAGAAAAAUGGAAUCCCACCUUAAGACGUUAUCUGAAUCUCGUGAAGAAGACAAGAAACGUAUUGCUGAUUUGGAAAGAGAACUCAAUAAUUCCAUCCAAGAAAUAGAUUACUUGCAGGAUCAACUGAAUAUGAGGAGCUCAGACCAAAAUUUUCCGAGCGAGCAAAUGCGCAGCUAUCAGUUUGCGGACACAGAAAAUAUAUCCGAAUCUGAAAGGUCGUUGCUUAUGCAAGAAAUAGAGGAUAAAGAAGUUGAAAUAAGAUAUUCAGCCUCGCACGUUGAAAAACUGGAGGAAUCAAUUUCUUCCAUGGCAUUAGAAUAUCAAUGUGAAAUCGAGACCAUGAAGCUGGAGUUAUUUUCCUUCGAAAAGAUUCUUUUCGAGACUAAGAAAUUACUAGAAGAAACAACUCUAGAAAAUACUGGGAUGAAUGAGUUGAUUCGAGAUCUUCAGCUGCAAAAUCAAGACGCAAAUAAGGUUAUAGAGAGAUUAGAAAAGGAAAAUAAAGAUUUGAAAGAAGAGUUAGAAAGGUCAGAUAUGCAUAUCAAAUCAUUUCUGACCAAGUUGGAAGAGCAAUUUCAUGAGUGGUUGGGUAAUAACGAUAGCCAGUCCUUGAGUAAACUGGAGAAAGAUACGAGCACAUUUGGCAAUUUUUUGGGUCCACUAUUUACCAAACUUGCCAUUCCGAUGGCAUCAUCAGAUGCAGAUUUGAGGAACAAGAUGGCUGAAAUGUCUCGUCAGAUAGAUGACUAUGAAUGUCUUGUAAUGCAGCUUAAGGAAGAAGUAAAAGAUGAAAGGUUGAAAGCAAAAGAAGAAGCGGAGGAUUUAGCUCAGGAAAUGGCUGAGUUAAGGUAUCAUCUAACAGACAUGCUCGAUAAAGAGUGUAAGCGUCGUGCUAGCAUCGAACAAAUAUCUUUACAAAGAAUAACCGAAUUGGAGGCUCAGAUUACGAAAGAACGGCAGAAAUCCAUCAGCCCUCGAGAUCUUGUUGUGAGGAAUCAAUGAAACAUUAAACUAAGGGCCUCAAAACUCGAAAAUCGCAUCUUCUUCCGAAUUUUGUGUUCUUCCAGGUUCCAUCUUAUAAGACGAAAACUCCAAUUUCCUGCGGAGUAUCCGAGGAGCCUUGUGCGGAUUCCCAUUUAUUUAAUUAGUUUAAUCUUAUCUGUGGUUCUGAAUCGGAAAUUGGAAUCCCGAAGAAAUUUGUCGAAGAUUGCCGUGUCAAAAGCACGAGUUCGAAGAAGAAGCAGAGUCAACUCCGUCAGUUGAUUAAAAUGUUCCGAUGUUGAUGGUUCUUUUAUUAAUUGAUGUGAUUUUUUUUAUAUGAAAAUGUUGUAGGUUUGUGAUUAUGUUGUAGCUGUUCAAUAUGAAGAUGAAGAUGAAGAGAAUGAAGAGAUUAUUACAUGCACAAUUUUCUUACAAGAUGUGAAAAUGUAUCGAGAAUAUACCUUUUGUUAUAGGGGCUCUUUGAUGAAACCCCCUCGUUAUGUUUUUUAAUGGAGAGAGGUCCAAAAUAUUUUUCUCCAUUUGAGAAAAGCCCAAACCCAUUUCGACCUAUUAUGUUUUCCAGCUUUGUCCCCGCCCGCCACAUAAUCACUGGGUCACGCGCUCAACAAUUUUAUUUAUUUAUUAUUUUAUUCUUUUU